CGCGGUGGCGGCCCCGCGGUGCGGCGCUCGGGGAGCCUCCCGUCGAGCCUGGAGCCGAGGGCCGCCGCCGACCUGCCGGCGUCGCGUCGCUCUCUCCCCGUUCGCUCUCCCGCGCCGCUGACUUGAAUUCUGACCCCAGGGCCCGCCGGGUGAGGUCGAGCCUCGUGACGCCACUGCCAGAGUUGGAAAGCGAAACCGUUCUUCUCUGCAAGCGGCACCGCCCGCGUCCGCCCCUCGGGCCGCCCGUAAGUUUCGAUUCUCGGUGGAGCAGAGUCCCGCGCGGCGACCAGAGCGGCGGCAGCCAUAGCGCGCCAUGGCCGACCCCGGAGUGUGCUGUUUCAUCACCAAGAUCCUGUGCGCCCACGGGGGCCGCAUGACCCUGGAGGAGCUGCUGGAGGAGAUCAGCCUCCCUGAGCCGCAACUCUGGGAGCUGCUGGAGACGGCGGGUCCCGAUCGCUUCGUGCUAUUGGAGACCGGAGGCCAGGCCGGGAUCACUCGGUCGGUGGUGGCCGCCACAAGAGCCCGCGUCUGCCGUCGCAAGUACUGCCAGAGCCCCUGCGACAGCCUGCACCUCUGCAAGCUCAACCUGCUGGGCCGAUGCCACUAUGCACAGUCCCAGAGGUACCUCUGCAAAUACUCUCACGAAGUUCUCUCGGAACAGAACUUCCAGGUCCUAAAGAACCAUGAGCUCUCUGGGCUUAACCAAGAGGAGCUGGCGGUUCUCCUGGUUCAGAACGACCCUUUCUUCAUGCCCGAGAUAUGCAAAAGUUACAAAGGAGAGGGCCGGAAACAGAUCUGCGGGCAGCCACAGCCGUGUGAGAGGCUCCACAUCUGUGAACACUUCACCCGGGGCAACUGCAGCUAUGCCAACUGCCUUAGGUCUCACAACCUGAUGGACAGAAAGGUGCUGGUCAUCAUGAGGGAGCACGGGCUGAGUCCCGACGUGGUCCAGAACAUCCAGGACAUCUGCAAUAACAAGCACAUGAGGAGGAACCCCUCCGGCAUGAGAGCUUCCCAUCCAUAUCGCAGAGGCGGGACACACAGAGAUAGAAGCAAAAGCAGAGACCGGUUCUUUAAGAACAGCCUAGAAUUACUCCCAACUGUCUCGCCAAUGGGAUCUGGUCCACCUAGCCCCGAUGUCACCAGCCGUAAGGAUUCCCUGGACGAUGUGUCUGCAGAUGUCACCCAGAAGUUCAAGAACCUAGGGACUCAUGACCAUGCACAGCUUUCCUCUGCCUCAUCUAAGGCUGCUGGUCUCCGAGGAUCCAGUCAAAGAGGAGCAAGCCAGGAGUUUUCAGAGAAUGGGGAUCCGGAUGGUUUAUUUUCUAGGAAUCGUUCUGAUUCAUCCUCAAGUCAGGCCUCCGCUGUCUUUCCUUUUGACGCUGCACAGACACUUGAAGCUGUGACUAUGAAAACGGGCAAGCUCUCUGGACACUACAAGAGUGAGGCUCCAGGCAUCCAGCACGUCCCUUUUUUUAAUAGUUAUGUUGAUGGGGUGACUAUGGAAGGAACAACCUCAGGAAUUCUUGGUAACAGGGCCACAGCCAAUGGUCUGGGAGAAAAGGCAUUACCUAGCAACCAUCAGAAGAGUGCAGCUAAGCCUCAGGAUCCCCAGACCACUGGCAGAAUCACCAACAGCAGCCAAGACAUGGCAUUCUCAGGUGGUAAAUACAGAGGAAGCACACUGUGGGCAAGUACAUCUACCCAUAAUGCACCAAAUCGCUCCAGUCAAAUCAUGGAUGAAACUCCUAAUGUCUCUAAAAGUGAUGCCGCUGGCUUGGGCAUAAAAGCAGCAGUCGCUGGGGUUCAGAAUCUGAGAAGCCAGGUCCUGUUUGAGGAGACCACUGCCCCUGUACAGGCCAGCAAGCUGUCUCAGUCGCCUCCACCUUCAUCAAGCCACAGAGUUGCAGCCUCAGGGACCCCUGGCAAGAACUCCGUGGGUGCCUCUGGGAGCCCAGCCAGUGAGCCUUCAAGGAUGACCUCAGACUCUGCUGAGUAUUCCCUGCGCUACAUCACAAGCCCUGUAUCUCCUAGGAUGGAUGAUCAUGGCCCAAAAGAAAUCUGUCUGGAUCAUCUGUAUAAGGGCUGUCUACGGGCCAGGUGCAACAAGAGCCACUUCCAUCUGCCCUACCGGUGGCAGGUGUUCUUGUGUGCCACGUGGAUGGACUUCCAGGACAUGGAAAACAUUGAGCAGGCCUAUUGUGAUCCCCAGAUUGAUAUUGUUUUAAUAGGAAAGCAUCAGAUCAAUUUCCAGAAAAUGACUUGUGAUACUUAUCCCAUCCGACGCCUCUCCACUCCUUCAUCUGUUGAAAAGGCAGCUGAUUCUGUCUUCACCACCAAGUGGCUUUGGUACUGGAAGGAUGAAUUUAAUAAAUAUAUUCAGUAUGGGGAUAAGAACACAGCCCAUCCCAGUUCUGACAUCAGUUCCACAUACCUGGAGACUUUCUUCCAGACCUGUCCCAGAGGAGUUCUGCCCUUUCAGGCUGGUUCACAGAACUACGAAUUAAGCUUCCAAGGUAUGAUUCAGACAAACAUAGCUUCCAACACUCAAAGGCAUGUUGUCAGAAGACCAGUAUUCGUUUCUUCAAAGGAUGUGGAGCAGAGGCGAAGAAGUGCAGACCGGCAGCCCGUGAUGGCCCAGGCAGAUGCUCUGACCCUGAGUUCUCUUCCCCAGAGGGAUAUUAGCACCGUUUCUCCUAGCGGAUAUGAGUUUCUAGAACUCAAUAGCCAGGAUGAGGAGUAUGUCACAAUAAGUGAACUCUUUAGAGCAUCCAUGAAACAGUUCAAGAUUACAAAGAUAAAGAGGAUAUGGAACCAAAAGCUCUGGGACGCUUUUGAAAGGAAGAAGCUGAAGAUGAAGAAUAAGUAUGAGAUGCGCCUGUUUCAUGCGACAUGCCGCGUCCACGUGGAUUACAUUUGUAAGAACAACUUCGAGUGGAUUCUUCAUGGCAACCAGGACUGCAAAUAUGGAAAAGGAAAUUACUUUGCAAAAGAAGCCAUUUAUUCCCACAAAAAUUGUUCCUAUGAGGCCAGAAACAUUGCGAUGUUCGUAGCCCGAGUCCUGGUUGGAAAUGUCACUGAAGGGAAUAUGACAUACAGUAGCCCUCCUGCACUCUAUGACAGCUGUGUGGAUACCAGGAUGAAUCCCUCCAUCUUUGUCAUCUUCCAGAAAGAGCAGAUUUACCCAGAAUAUGUGAUUGAGUACAUAGAGUCAGAGAAAGAAAAAGUCUGCGUAAUUAGUUAAUAAUGUUGUAUACUUCGCCAAAACCAUUCUGUUGACAUCUAGGACCAAAUCAUCGCUGCAUAAUAGGCAGGCUUUUGCAUUUUCUUGCUACUACAUUACCUAACAUUGUAAACCAGCAAUUCUCAAACUUUCUGUUCCCAAAUUCACAAUCCCAGGUUGCACCCUCACACGAGCCAGCCAGUGCUUCUUGUUAAAUCUGCCCCCCACCAACUGCAGUGCUUUGGAAAGUUUGUAUUCUCUUGAUGAGACAUUACCAUUCAGGCUGAUUUUCAAAGUGUUUGUAAUUGACUUCCAUCUCUCUCAUCUACUCUUCGAUUUACUGUAGCUUUGUUUUGAUUUUUCGUAAACUAAAUGGAUGUUAGUUUGGAAAUUUUGAGAGAAAUAACAAUUCCUAUUGAAAUAAUGACAUAAGACAUUGCAGCUUUAGGCAGAAAACUUGCUGAGGGAAAAAAAAGUUUAAAAGUGAAAUCUAAGUGCUAUUGAAAGACACAAAUCUAGUAUGUGAUAUCAUACAUUAUCAUGCGAUGAAACUGGUCUGAGGAACACACUUCUCUCUGCUGUUUACCUAGAAGACAGAUUCCAUGGGAUUGACUCCUCGAGUAUAGUUCAGUGUAGUUCAGAAGCAGCAAGCUGCAGUUAACUGUCCGCUUAGGCUCCUGGCAUCCGUGUUCUAAUUAAUAUGAUUGUAGGAGAAGCUUUGUGCAUGUCAAGCUUUUGUGGAAUCAUCUAAAUGUUAGUAAGAUUAAGUACCUAGAAUCAAAAAAGCAGGACCAAUAAACCCAAGUGCUAUUGGCUUCGUUUACAGUGAUAGAAAGGGAUCACCAGAAACCAGGAAAGUCAUCCCUGUUUGAAGGCUGAGCCUUGUAAGGAGGCAAGACUGGUUUGCUGGUGGACAUGAAAGCAGUACAAAGAAAACAGUGUCCCACAUAGUCCUUGUACCUGCUAGGCGUAUCUUUUUGAAAACAUAAUGGAUGUGUUUUGAGAGCAUUUAGGAAGCCCGGACUAAUCUUUUCUUCCAUACUACGAAUCGGGUCUUUCCUUCCAAUUCCCCUUUCUCAACAUCUUACCAAUUGCCACAGAUUCCCAUUACAGUCCUGGUAGACGUUUGUCAUUACUUGGCCUUUGAUUGGAUUUUUACAUCAGUAUAAAAGGCUACCCAGUUGCUUCACUUUGAAGGUCCCCACCAGGAACACUCUAUAGAGUGAGAUUCUUUUCUGGGGUGCUCGCCACAAUGUUUAGUUUUGGGGUUUUUUGUUUUGGUGUUGUUUUGUUGUUGUUUUUGUUUGUUUGUUUUAAUCACUGCUUUCUUUUUUCUUUUUCUCAUAUGGUAGCUCUUAUUUUGGAAUAUUCAUUAUCUGACCUAGACCUUCAUCCUGUAGACAUGCAGUGUACCCAACUUCCCAUUAGGUUAACUUCCAGUUGGAUAUUUACCAGCCGUUUCUGGUCCAACAGGUCCAAAAGGGACCACUUAUUUGCCUCCUUCAGAGGAAUCAAUUCUGAUGUCUUUGUGCACCUCCCCCCCCAAGCCUCCUCCAACCCCAUGAACAGUAUCACUUGUUCCCUGCUGUGCAAGCAGAAAGCUAGAAUUUAUCCCAGGCUCCUCACUUCCCUGGACCGCUUACACAUGCGAGUAAGUCCGUUUUGUCUCCCCCGUACAAGCCUUUCUGGUGUUCUUGCAGCUCUCCGUGCCUUUUGCAUUUCAUUCAGUGGUUCUCAGUGAACUGUGCUGUCAGUUUUAACCCCCUACAAGGCAGUAUCUGUUUUGUUUAGUCUCUAAAGUGCAAUUCAGGUAUAUAUUCUCUAUACAGUUCCAUUAAUUUAAAAUAAUCAAAUAUAAUAUGAGGGAAAGGUCAUAACUUCAGCACAACUUUACAGUACAGAGACAUAAUGGGGUCAUCAGAUGCCUCAUUUACCAUGAACCAGUAUGAGCUUAUAGGAAAGGAAUUGGGGAACAUGAAAAAGCAGGGGCAUGUGUAGACAGAGUAAAAACUAACGAUACAAGGGGGUUUUUUGUUUUUGUUUUUUGCUGAUGUCAGCACUAUCUGUACACGGUAAAAACGAAAUACCUUCAUUGAAAUAAAGAUAGUGCACAAAAUAACUUACAGAUUGUCGAAAUAGAGAGGAUGAAGACAUACCUUCUUACAGACGAACUGUAGGUCAUACACGAAUGUCUAAUGAGACAUUCAAAACUCGAAUAGGGCGCAGAGUAAUUUCUUACUGUGAGGAACUGCCCAAUGUAUUGAAAGAUGCAUAGUUGGCUCUCACAUGCUAAAUGCCAGUGGUGCCCUCUCCUGCCCGCAGUCAUGACAACCACAGACCCUAGUAGACCUGUUCAUCCUUUAAAGGUAGAUCUUUUAUAACAGCCGUUGCCAUCUUGAGAUGAUUUAUAGGUAAUAUAAUCCAUACAUAUGAGUUUAUUAAAACCUAACUUAGGGCCCUAUUUGUGUUAUAAUGGAAACAUAAUGAAUGUGGAAUGAACACAAACUGGAUUUCAGUAUGUAAGUAAGUGCUCAGGCUUGAUUAUGCUGUAAGCUGUGAAACAAACAGAUGUUAACUCUUACUGUGAAUAGGUUUGGCUGAAGAGUCCAGCAGGGGCAACUUCCUGAACUGAAUGAAGUACAGGAAAUGAACGCUUGAAGGGAUGUGUGACAGAAUGCAGGCAGCAUUAGGGUACACCAUAGCUAAGUGCCUUAUCUGUCUGUGGUAAAGAAAGGGCGGAAUCACUUUAAGUGAAAUGAUUAUAAGACAGGACAAAUUACGAUUUGACUCAGAGGGAACCAAGUAUUCUCUCUCAGACAAGCUGUAGGUCCUGUGUAAAUGUCCAGGAGGACAUUAGACAGUCGCAAAGGUGCAGAGCAGUUUGUGUGUGGGACUGGCCUGUCCACACACAGCAGGACACUUGUUCUGCCUCAGGCUGCAUCUACUGAGUGCCGGUUAUAACCUUCAGACACAAAACCAACAACCGUCACUCCCUAAUAUCCUACAGUGAGCACCACUGAUCUAGGCAAGGGAAGCUAUUGCCACUCUGUUUUACUAUAGAAUAAGCCAGAUCUUUGCCUCUCAAGCCCCCAGUUUUUAAAAAUGCUUUGUGCCUUGAUUUUGUCCAUCUUUAUCAUCUUUGCUCAAUAAAAAGAAAAAAGCAA